AUGCCUCAGCAGGGUAUCAAAAAUCACGAAACGAUCGGCCGGUGCCCGUUCGAACAUGUGAUUGAAACUUUCUUGGAUGAACGAAUAGCCAUGUGGAUGUAUAGUAACAGCCUAGUAGAAUGGCCUGAGAUGGAAGACAUGCUGCGUGAUGAAGGGUUGAAGCCGGAGCGGCCGCAUGGGAUAGCGUGCGGCACAGCAGAACAACAUAGCCUCAUCCUGAGAGGCAGCAGCCAAUUAAGGCCCAAAGGUGCACUGUGUCAGAACAGCGGAAGACAUGGUAUGCAUUAUUUGGCGCAUCUUUGCAUCGCAAUCCCCGAGAUUAUCAAGAGAGACGCCGUCAAUAUGAGGCUCUUUCGAUAG